AUUCAGUUUCGAAUCGAACUAACCACAAAAGCAAAACUCAGCACCUCUCUCUGCGACAAACAAGCCAUCGCCAUGGAAGCUCUCGCCUCCUCCGCCUCCGCCUCCGCCGCCGCGACCAUCUUCUCCACUUCGCCUUCGCCGCCUCUCUCCAUCUUCUCUCCGGCCAGGCCGACCGACUCUCCGCCAGAUUCGUCCGCUUCCUCGCGCCCUCCAAGAAGAACGACAGGGACUCCGGCCUACGUUCCGACUCCGGCGAGCCGAAUCUGCUCCCCGUCCUCAGCAACCGCACUCUCUCCAAGGACGCGGCCAUGGGAUUGGUGUUGAGUGCCGCUUCUGUGAGAGGCUGGACCACGGAUUCUGGAAUGGAAGGCCCCGUGGCUCCUGCGGGCGCCGAGGGAGGAUCGGGCACGGAGAGGGUGUCGACCUUCCCGUGGUCCCUCUUCACCAAAUCGCCUCGCCGGCGGAUGCGAGUCGCCUUCACUUGCAACGUCUGCGGUCAGCGAACCACUCGCGCCAUCAAUCCACACGCCUACACCGAUGGCACCGUCUUUGUUCAGUGUUGUGGUUGCAAUAUCUUUCACAAGCUGGUGGACAAUCUGAACCUGUUUCAUGAGAUGAAGUGCUACGUGAACCCAACCUUUAAUUACAAGGAACCCAAGUGGGACGUUGGCUUCAACUACUUGAAUAUUACUGAUGAUGGUGAUGAGACCAAUGAUGUAUUUCCAAUCUAGUGAAAUCAGUGGUGCCAAAUUGUACAUUCUCCUCGGUGAUUUUGUGAAUUGUUGUGUGUAUAGUUUGGAUCAUCACUUUUGAUGGGCUCUUUGUAUUUAUGGUAACAUUGUAUAUCAUCAAUGAAUUCUCAUCGGUUGAAAAUAUAUCUAGUUAGAAAUUGAGAUUGCUUUGUCCUUAAGGGUAUAGAUAGUACAACAUUAUUAUUGGAAUGGAGAUGUUAAAUUGCCAAUAUCACAUUGUGCUUAAUUAAUCAUAUAGUGUGUUUACUAUAAUUAGUGAAUUCUGUAUUCAUCAGGGUCUGUAUCUAAUAUGAUUUGUGUAGCUCAAAACUCUUUACAUAUGAAAUCAGAUGACUUUCAAAGACUUCUAUGUGGUUUACAAGUGUUGUUUAGUGCUGCAUAUGUAUUUCUUGAUAAUGAAUGAAGUCCCUGUGGAUGGUGCUCUUUUUGUUCUUUCUGAAAUUCUAACUACUGUCUACUGUGACAGCAUCUCUGUUUUCUAUCUUGUCCAUCUUUGUAUAUUGUUCUCUUCCAUUUGUGGAUGCAUUUACAACAUAAAAAGAUGUGACGAUGCCUUUUCACCUUUCCUUGACUCUUUAAUCCAUCUACUGGAAUUGCACUUUCUAUUGGUUGUCUAAAAUUUUACCUCAGAAUUAUCGGUAAUCUAGAAAUGUUUGGUCUCCAGCAAGACAGUCAAUAUUCUCAGCUGGUUUGCCAUUAGUUGUACUGUUGUAUUCAUAAACAUAUAGAACAGAGGCUCCUGAGAGCUGGAUGCAAAUUUGGUUUCAGUUUUACCAGUCUCAAAUGAGGCAUCAAGUCAGAUGUUUUGCAUUGUUAUGAGCUGCCAAGUUCUUGAUUUUGAUGAAUCAGAAGCAGCAAAAUUUUUCCAGUCUCAUUCUAAAAGCUGAUCUUUAGUUGUCUUUCCAUCUCAUAUUGGAAUUCCUUCCACUUUGAGAAGGCAGCCGUCUUCUGUGGAAAUCAGUUGCAUGUGCAGUUACCACAGGCUUUGGCUACUAUAAUUCUGCCCUAAGAUAUUGACUUGUAUCUUUUGGUUGAUGCCUGCAACCAAUUGGGAGCUGACAGUAGGAUACGGAAUUUUAGGAUACAGUUGGUAACCAUUCUAUUUCCGGAAAUAAUUUCUACUUAGAGAUGAUUCUUUUUUAUUCUGUUCCUGGAAACAAUUUCCGAGCAUUCAAAGACAUUUGGUAAAGCUAUUUUAGUGGACUCUUCUUCUCUGGAUAUCGAAAACAUCGAGCACCUGGAGAAAAAGACAAAAUCUGAAUCUGAAGGUUUGCAUUUCAGAGACUCCCCCGUCCCCCCUUCUUCUGACAGAUUGAAUGAGGGUAUAGAUGUUGACUUGUCUAGACACGAUCAAACUCUUACUCGAGCAGGCAUAAGGGAGACCAGCUCAAAAUUCGGUAGAGAUGGUUAAAUUGAUUUAGAAAGGGAGGCACUUAUGAGAUUAGUUGAUCAUCAGAAUCCUUCCAGGGCCUGUUCACCCUUGCUCCUUCCCCCUCCUUUACCAAAAUCUCUGGGCUCAUGGUUAUCGCGAACGUUGCCCUCCAUUGCCUCCAAGAAGCCAUCUUCAUGAUCUUCUCUUGGUGUAAAUGCUGUAAAUGGGAAACAUGCUUUAGAGUCAGCUACUAUUGAUCCCAAGUGGGAAACAAUCGUCAAAUCUUCCAAUGUGCACCACGGGCAUCUGCAGUUCUCUGAGGAACUACUGCCGCCAAUCCCAUAAACCUGAACAGAGCUGAUCCAAUUUGAAGGAUGUGGAAAUGCGCAUUUGUGCAAUGACCUGAACACAAAUUUUUUUCCCUAAGUUCUCCAAUCUCUAGAAAAGGGAAAAGACUUCCGCUCCGCCUCAUCGUCACUGGUGCUCUGUUUUACCUGCUCUGUUGGGAGUUGAGCAUAUUAUGAAGAACUGUAUAUAGAAUUACCCUCUUCUUACAAUAUAACUACCAAAUGCGUCCAUUGUCUUUCUGUAAAGAUCAUUCUUUCCGUAUACCAAUUUGUACCAUCAUUCUCUUUUUUCUUGUAAAGGGGAUUGAAAUCACUGUUCUCUGGUUGUAAUAAACGGACGAUUUCGUUA